AUGCCGUUACAUCCAAGAUUUUCAAUACCAACCAUCAUCGAGGAGUUCGGGAAGAGAACUCCCUACCAAGGUCAGAUGGAUGAACGACAUGCCUGGUGGCUUCAGCAAUAUACCGACACUGACGGGAAGCUUCUCAAGAAAGGGUUGACUUUUCCUUAUUCUGCUUCGGACCUGUUGGCGAUUUUUCAUGCUCUCGCCGAUGGACACAAGACCAAGGAAGAUAUGAAAAACCAUUUCCUGACUGUUGUCAAACAUGUCGAUAGGUAUCUGACUGUUAUUCUUCCAUUGACCGAAGAAGAUAAGCUCCAAGCUAAACAACAACAAUAUACAUUCGAGGUCAAUUACAAAUGGGAUAAACUCGGAUACGAAGUGUUUCACAGGAAGUAUAGCGGUCCUCGAAGCAAACACAUCCCCGCUCUUUCAGGGAUGCCCCAAUGGUCCGAAAGAAUACUGAUGGGCAAUCUGCUUCCUCACCCGACUGGCAAAAGAUCUUUCGCAUGUCCGAAUGGUCCAUGCGAUCUUUACAGUGCAUGUCUGCUGGUCGAAGCUCUCGCUCGUCAAGGUAACGAUACAUGCGGUAAAGGCAGUAUCCCCCAUGCCCAAGUCCUUCAGGGUUACCCCUUUCGAGCUUACGCCAAGAACGGCAGCGAUUGGAAUCUGCACCAAUACCAGGUUACAAUCGCCAAGAUCGGCAACCCCAAAAUCCUCGAGAAAACGAUCUUAGACGAAGUACCUGAAUUUACCGAUUUGUACGAGGUGGCAGGUGGUCUAGAGGCGGAAGAUGAGAAACCUUCGGUUAAAAAACAGAAGAAAGUCAAAGCUGAGCGAGGCUGA